AAAGGUCGAGCAACAAGUGCAGCAUAACUCAAACCACGUUAAACCUCUGACCUCCGAGCAUAUAUUGAGCAGUAUUCGCAAUGCGUUUGUUCACAAUACUCUUCUGUAUUAUAACCACAUCAUGGGCCAAUCCAAUACUGAAGCUAUUCCACGAAAAAUCGAAGGAAAUCACCUUAGAAGCAAAAGCUUGCUGUGGGCAAGGCGGUGCAAUCAUACACGGUUCAAUUGGUGUAGCCCAAGUGCCGGCCACCUCCAUACAUACAAAUUUGGGAGGUUUUUCGGCGACUGGUAAUCUCUAUAAUACUCAAGCGCAUUCAUCGGGAGUGCACAGUGGUCAUUUGGUGCAUGCGGCAGGUGGUAAUAGUGCAAGCUCCUAUAACCAUUUUGAGACUAACGAGCGUCCGAUCCUAAAUUAUGGCAGCGGGCAAGCACAAGUUCAUAAUGUGGCUGUUGCUGGAGCUAGUGGGGGAGCUGCUACUCUCGCAGCUCCUGCGUCGAUCACUCACACAUUGUGGGAGAAUACAGGAAAUCCGAAUUUGGCUAUAAUGCAGGGCGGCGGGGCAUCAUUCGGAGCAGCCCAUGGUCAGAGUGCAAGUGGCUGGAAUGUUAAUGGCGGUCACAAUAAUUACAACGCAUAUGCGCCAUCAAGUUAUGGUGGUGGUGAAACAUUUGGUAACUCAGCUGCCGCAGCUGCAGCAGCAACUUCUGCUGCAUCAUCGUGGAAUCAACAAAAUGGAGGUCACCAAAAUACGGGUAACGGUGCCUUUUCCCACUCCAGUUCUAGCUCAUGGAGCUCUUCACAUUCUGGUACUGCUAAGUAAUGAUUGCUAUCCAAAUUUUGUGACGCACAUACAUACAU